GUCACUUCAAUGCUUGUUUCUAUUCAUUACGAUCAAUCAUUUAUCAUUCAAGAUGUCAUCGUGCGAGUUUAAUAUGCCAACAGUCCCUCCACAAAGGAUGGAAAAAACCAGUCCAAGAUCCAGGGACAGAAAUAAUAACCAGGAACGAGCUGAUCCCCCUCCUUUCCCCACUCAAGGGGAAAGAAGUGGGGAAGACACGAGGAAAGGAAAAGUCAUAACAAUAGAAAUAGACAUAAAAAAGAGUCCGUCAGGAUACCAUCAUCAUCAAACGUAGAAUGAAGGAACAACACCAGAUACACUGGAUAAACAGAAACCUUG